CAAGGACGGUCUCAUUCCGCCGGAGGAGUUGGUUCCAAUCCGCGUCGUUGGAUUGGCGUUACACUCGGUCCUGGAGUAACCGAGACACCAUUACCAUCGUGGGAGCAGAAUACCUCACGAGCUCGUACCCGGAUCUUGGUAGCGAGAACGACAUCCUAUAGGUCCGCAUAUACACCAUGGCCGGCCUGACCUAGGCGAUAAUUUAUCCAUCUACUACACAACGUACGGGUCUAUGGCGUAGUCUUGGCUUUGUUGAAACUCACGAUCUCUCGCUUUAUAAGGGUCGGUCAGGUCUCUCAAGGAUAUGGAUUACCUAUGUUGUGUGCUAGGCUCUGAGUGGGUGUUUGCAAUAACAGUAUUUCGGCCUUAUUCGUUGUUAUGGUGUACUUGAAGCUGUCUGCAUUGGCUGGCACGCUUGCCUAUGCGGUCUCCUUAUGUAUUGCCGUUGACAUCUCUGUAAGCUCGACAGGUGGCAAUGCUACAAAUGGUCAUCAGUAUGGAUUUUUACAUGAGGACAUUAAUAAUUCAGGUGAUGGGGGCCUUUACGCUGAGUUGAUUCGCAACCGAGCUUUUCAGAUAAGUGAAGGCUUUCCUGCAACAUUAGAUGCAUGGCAUUCGGUGAAUGAUGCCAAGUUAUCGUUGAGGAAUCUUAGUACACCAUUAUCCGACGUUCUGGUUACUUCGAUGAACGUUGCUAGUACCACGAAGCAGGGCGAGGUUGGCUUUCAGAAUGACGGUUACUGGGGUAUGGACGUCAAAGCCGGCAAGAAGUACAGCGGUUCGUUUUGGGUCAAGGGCGCUUACUCUGGCCGAUUCGUGGCUUCGUUGCAAUCCAAUAUCACGGGAGAGGUGUUUGGGACGGCGUCGAUCCAAUCCCGGUCUAGACCUGACCAGUGGAUAGAGCAUGGUUUUGAUUUGACACCUUCGAAAGACGCUCCGAGUUCCAACAAUACUUUCGUGCUCACAUUCGACGCCUCAGGAGCGGGGAAUAGCUCUCUUGAUUUCAACUUGAUUAGUCUAUUCCCUCCCACAUACAAGGGUCGGAAGAACGGGAUGCGUAGUGAUAUUGCCGAAGCAUUGGAACAGCUGCACCCUACCCUUUUCCGUAUUCCAGGAGGUAAUAUGCUUGAAGGGUUGACAAAUAGGACGUGGUGGGAUUGGAAAAAGACUCUUGGCCCCUUAAGAAACCGACCUGGCUUUUCCGGAGUGUGGGGAUAUCAGCAAACUAAUGGCCUAGGUUUGGUGGAAUAUCUAGAGUUCGCGGAGGAUUUGGGAAUGGAAGUUGUCCUGGCCGUAUACGACGGCCUUUCCUUGAACGGGGAUAUCACUCCGCAAGCCGAAUUGCAGGCUUUCGUUGACGACGCACUGGAUCAGAUCGAGUUCGUCCGCGGGCCAGCAGACUCGAAAUGGGGUUCGGUCCGGGCUGAGCUAGGUCAUCCUGAGCCGUGGAGUCUCCAAUACGUCGAGAUUGGAAACGAGGAUUGGCUCGCUGGGGCACCAGAAGGGUGGGAAACGUUUAAGAACUAUCGGUUCCCGAUGUUUCUUGACGCAAUCAAUAAGGCAUAUCCCGACAUCCAAGUUAUCUCGUCAGGAUCCUCCUUUGACGGGUACAAUAUUCCCAAAGCUGCAGGUGGUGACUAUCAUGUGUAUGCUGAGCCGGACGAACUCGUGUUAGAAUUUUCGAAAUUUGACAACGCAACUACACCUCACCUUAUCGGCGAGAUGGCGGCGGUCCACCCAAACGGUGGCACCGGCUGGGAUGGUCCUCAGCAGCCUUUUCCUUGGUGGAUAGGGGCCAUCGGCGAAGCAGUGUCUCUCAUCGGUUAUGAACGUAAUGCGGACAGAAUCAUCGGGGCAUCAUACGCACCGAUCAUCCGAAACAUGAACCGUUGGCAAUGGCCGAUAACUAUGAUACAAUUUACUGCCGACUCGGUUACAAGGUCGACGUCUUGGUACGUCUGGGAACUUUUGGCAGCGCACCCCUUGACUGAAACAUUGCCAACGACCUCGGACUUCAGCCCACUCUACUACGUAGCCGGCAAGAAUAACAGGACAGGCGGGAACAUCUUCAAAGCGGCAGUGUAUAAUUCGACGGAUGGUGAUGACGUCCCUGUGAAGCUGUCAUUCGAGAAGCUAGCGCCAGGAAUAACCGGGGAGUUGAUUAUUCUUACAGGACCUGCCGACCCAUACGGCAUCAACAGCCCAUACACUGGAGUGAACGUUGUGAAGACUAAUAAGACGACGAUUCGAGCUGAUAAUAAUGGCAUAUUUCAUUUUGCCUUACCUAACUUAAGUGUCGCAGUCUUGGACACAAGCGCCCCAAACAUCCCGUCGAUGGAAUAGGGGUCUUCAUUCACGACAUAUAAAUAUAAGCUUAGUACAAACUGAUAUGUACAAUUAUUCAAUGGUCGAGUGGGUGGUUUGACUAGAAAUCAACAUUUGGGUUAGCUUUACCACUUUAAUAGAGUCGCUCUGUUGUUUGCGAAAUCUGAUGAUUUGACGUGCUUAUAAAGGUAUUGAUCUCAUAGGCGUGGAUUAAUUAGGUAUUGGAUAGCGCUGCCACGUCUCAUUAUUCAGCUCGCUGCUCUAAAUCUUAGAGAUCUUCCGAAAACCGCUUACUAUGGACA